UCGUAGACUGGAAUAGCUGCGUUUAUCCGAACUAAUGGCGAUGGCGACAGCGAUGGCAAUGCGUUGCUCUUGCUUUCUUUCCCGCCCGAAUAAUUCUCCGCGAUCUUCUCCCUCCGGUCAGUUAAAGAGGAAACUCCAUUUUUCCGGGAAAAUGCCUCAUGGUUCAGUUAAUGUGGGCAAUUUUGUUACAUUUUGUGGAGACAGCAUCGUCACACCAUCUGGGAGACAGAAUUCGUUGCCGGUUCUAAAAUGUCAGGGAAAUAAUGAGACAAAUUUUCCAGUUAUGGCGCUUCUUUUAGCUAAUGUAUUUACAUUUUCCGUACCAUUGAAAGUUUUGGCUGAAACAUGCGAGACUGAGAAUUCUGCUUUCAACAUGCCAAUCCUUCUUUCUGUCUCCCUUAUAGGGGCCACUGUUGGAGGAUUGCUUGCUCGGCAAAGAAAGGGAGAACUGAAGCGGUUAAAUGAACAACUUCGCCAGAUUAAUGCGGCAUUAAGAAGGCAAGCAAAGAUUGAGUCUUAUGCUCCCACCUUAAGUUAUGCUCCUGUUGGUGGAAGAACAUUCGAGAGUGAUGUAAUUGUUGAUCCAAGGAAGGAGGAGUUAAUCUCUCGAUUGAAGUCUGGAAAGAACUUUUUGAGAAAUCAAGACCCAGAGAAGGCAUUUCUGGAUUUUAAGACUGCUCUUGAGCUUGCUCAGGGUCUGCAGGAUCCGAUAAAGGAGAAGAAGGCUGCAAGGGGCUUAGAAUAUUUGUCACUCCAUGUUGGUAGUGCCAAAAGAUCUUGAACAAUGCUAUCUUCAUUGAAUUCAAGGCCUUAAAGCCACCAUGUGGAACCCUUAAUUCUCUGCGUACAUCUUUCUCCUUGUACACAAUGCUGCAUUCUGGCUCUUCACCAAUCAAUAACUCUAUAGGAGGUGUGAGUCUUCUUCUGUAGGAUGCAUGAGCCAAUUCACGAAUCGAUAUAAGCAUCGACCUCGAGAUUUAAAUUUCAGAGUCCCGCCUGGCCUUGGAGAUGUCUCGAAAGCCUUCUAAAACUAAUAUCUUUUCUGUUAAUUUCAGCAAUGCAAAUUGCUAAGGUUAUGCACCUAGAAAUGGCUAAUGUUGCCUUUAAUGAUCCAUGCAUAUCUUUUGCUAUAGCUUUGUUUCUCUGUCAACUGUAAUAUAAAAUGCCAUUAUUUAUGGAGCAAUU